CGGUUGCUUAUUAUAUUUUUCUGACCCGCUGCCUUAGCGCCCGUUUCUCUGGCACCGAUCUGGAUGAUCUCUAAAGAUCUAGGGCUGCCAAUUUUGUGCCCACCUUUCAAAAUAGUCUCAUGCCAUACAUUCCCUAUCGGGAUAAAAUGAUACGUUGAUUCUCUCAUCCCCUAAAAUCUCUCUUUCAAAAACUCUCUCAUUUUUAGAAGAUACCCUCUAUUUCUCAUGAAACUUGCCUCUGAUUCGAUACGUUGAUUCUCUCACCCCCUAAUCUCUCUCUUUCAAGAACUCUCUCAUUUUUAGAAGAUACCGUCUAUUUCUCAUAAAACUUGCCUCUGAUUCCCACAAGAAAUAGAGUUCCCCCAUGUAAUUUCAAAAUGAGUAAGGAGGUGUUAAUGGGUGGAAGCAUAGGGUGAACUGGCGACAGAUGAGAGAGAGGACGUUUUUAGAUGAUGAGUGAGAGAGAAAACCAAUUUCAUUCCCUCCAUUGUGCAAGAACUAGAGAGAGAAAAACCCAUAUUACACCAUCUAAUUUUCAGUGAGAAUUCCAUGAAAGGUAUUCUCUUCUGCCCUAUUUUAUUUGUUUAUCUCUUUGUUUUUCUCCAUGGUUUUAUCCGGUGAUGAAUCCAUAGAUUUCCCUAGGUUUCCUCAAUCUGGUUAAUUUUUUCAAAUAAACCCUAGAAAACUUUAUUGGAUGACCAGUGUAAUCAAAGGCGAUGUCUCUACUGAAAAACCUGAGCAAUUUUGCUCUCACUAACUUGGGAAACGCUAUCAAAUUUUCUGUCUCUAGCAUUGGACACCGUAGAAAUUUUUCUCUGGAUAGAAUUGCUUCUACUGACCGUGACUCUGGAAUGGGAAACCCUAGGUUUAUCUCAACUGGAAACCCUAGGUUUAUCCCAACGUCCACCACGACCGGAACAAAAAAGUCUAGACCAGUCUCUGUAAAUCUUCUUGUGAGAAGCAUGGCGUCUAUAAUUCAAAACACUGAUCAAUGGAAUACCUCUCUUAACAUUCUCUGUGAUACUUCCUCCUCGAAUCUCACUCCCUCCAUUGCUGUUCAAGUCUUGAAACGCAUAAGGAAACCCAACAUUGCGUAUGGUUUCUUUGAAUACUUGGAUCGAAAGAACGAUUUUAACCACGAUUCGUUAACUUAUUCUGCAAUGAUCAAAGUCUUAACCAAAAAACCCAACCUCUCAAACACUCUUUUAGCUCAAAAUUUGCUACAUAAGAAGAUUGAAUUAAGGUUUGAGAUGUUUGCUGCUGAUUUUGACUUUGUGUUGAGCUCAUGGGUUCAAGUGAAAAAGGUCAAUGAGGCUUCCAAGCUACUGGCUCAAAUGGUUGAUCAUGGCUUUAUUCCCGGUAUUUCUACCUGCAAUGAGGUUCUGAAUCUUCUGUUCAGUUAUAAGCGUUCCGAUUCAGGUCGUGAGCUUUUCUAUCAAAUGCUCGAAGGCAAAAUUGGAGAAUUGGAUACUCAAAGCUUCAAUAUAAUUAUGAGAGAGUAUUGCAAAGAUGGAAAAUUUGCAGAGGCAAUCGAGCUUUUCCAUCUGAUGAGAGAAAAAGAUUAUACACCAGAUCUCAACACUUAUAAUACUCUGAUUCAUGGUUACUGCAAAGUGGGUGAGGGCGAAAGGGUCUGUGAGCUCGUGAAGCAAAUGCUUGAUAUGAGAAUUCGACCUGAUAGUUACACCAUGAGUAUUCUCAUCAAGGAGCUUUGCAGGCAAGGGAGGCCAGAGAGUGGAAACCACUUAUUCAAUCACAUGAGAAGGGUGGGUUGGAUUGAUAAGAAAUUUGUGUACACCCAACUGGUUCAGUCUCUAUGUGACUAUGGCUGGUGGUUAAAAGCUUUGAAAAUAUUCAAGAAAAUGGUUAGAAGAGGCCACCACCCUGAUCAAUUUCUUUAUACGAAUUUAAUCGGAAGGCUCUGUGUAGGUGGUAGAACCAGAGAGGCCCUGCAACUUAGGAAUUUAAUGGCUGAGAAAGGGUGUAUAGAAGAUAUUGAUAACUAUAAAACAUUGAUUAGCGGAGCAUGUAGGGCUGGUAAAAUGGAAAUGGCUGAGAAGGUCUUUAGAGAAAUGGUGGAUAUUGGCUGCAAGCCUGAUCUAUGCAUCCUGAACAUAAUCCUCAGAGGGCAUUGUCUAAAGAGAAACAUAUCAGAAGCUUUAGGCUGGUUAGAGAAGAUUCAAAAACUGGGCUGGAAGCCUGAUAAAGAGUCAUUCAAGGUCUUGAUCCAAGUUCUUUCCAUUGAGGGAAUGGUUGAUAAGGCAUUACAGUUGAAGAAUCAAAUGAUGGGGGUUUCAGAUAUUGAUUCUGAAGUGUAUUGUGUCUUGAUUGAGCACCUCUGCAAAUUGGGUUCUAUGGAUCAAGCCACUGGUCUGUUGGAUGAAAUGGAAAUAAGGGGAAUUAGUCCCAUUAAACCUGCUUAUUAUCCAGUGAUUAAGGGGUUUUGUCAGAUGAAUUUUUUUGGAAAAGCCCUGAGUAGAAUUAGAGAGAUGAUGGACAGAGGGGUUGGCCCUGAUAUCCACACUUAUAAUUGUUUGAUAGGGUCCCUUUGUAGCAGGAAUAGAUUACAAGAGGCAUUAAAACUAUGGGAAGAUAUGGUGAGAGAUAGAUGUUCUCCUGAUGCCACUACUUACUCUUUGGUAAUUAGCAAGUUUUGUGAAGAUGGAGACAUGAAGGAGGCAGAUCGAAUGAUAGAUGAGAUGGUGGAAUGUCGUCUGAACCCUGAUAAAGCUAUAUUUAGCUCUUACCUCAUCAAAUUAUUUAGUGAAGAAAAGUUUCAGAAAUGAAGAGCCAGGGCCGAGCUCAAUAACAACGGCCUCAGUUGCCACUCGCUGAACCCAAAGGAAACUAUGGAAGCAACAAUAGCAGAGAGAUGAAGCCAACAAAAGACAGUGUUGACAAACAACGACGGCGGGGGUGGAAAGAGAAACUUUAGGGAGAGUCAUUUCAAGUUCAAGCAAAAAAAACUGUGAUCUCAGGUGGGGUUUCUGAAUUUUCCGGUGGUUUCUGAAUUUUCUGGUGAGUCUUCUGAACUUUCUGAAAUGAAGAGCCAGGGUGGAGCUCAAUAACAACGGCCGCAGUUGCCACUCGAUGAAGCCAAAGGAAACCAUGGAAGCAACAAAUGCGGGCGUGUACACCGUGAGCAUCCCUUUGGUACUGCUUAUUGAAUUCUCUUUCUUCAGAUUCUUUUCCGGAUUCGAUCUCCAGAAUUUGGAGUAAUUCAGAUGCUUGCCUCUGAUCUCUCCAAAUCCGAUCGCACACAGAGAGAUGACGCCAAUAAAAGACAUUGCGUUGACGAACAAUGAAGAUGGGGGUGGAAAGAGAAAUUUACGGAAGAGAGACAUUGCACGUUCAGGCAAAAAAAAACUGUGACUUCCGGUAGGGUUUCUGAAUUUUCCGUCGGUUCUAUGAAUUUUUUUCUGCAUAUGAAGUAGUUAUAAGUUAGAUUUCACGGUGAUUGUAUAGCCACGUAUAUAGAUUGAAGUCAACUUAUCCCAGGGCUCACAAGUAGAGGUGGGUGCGUUUUCAAUCCCCUUUUUGGGGGCCCGAAUUCAUGAUAUAAAGUUCAGUGUCUCUC